CGGAACCUGCGCGUCUCCCUUAGCGGUUCCGGUCGGAAUUACCCGGCAGCACACGCCGACAUGGCUGCGCUGGUAGGGAAAGGUGUGCGCGACAUGCUGAAGCGUGCGGACUUCAUGACGGUCCCGCGGAGACAACGACAUAAGAAGAAAUGGGCUGCCACAGAGCCCAAAUUUCCUGCCACUCGACUGGCUCUGCAGAAUUUUGACAUGACCUACAGUGUGCAAUUUGGGGAUCUUUGGCCAUCGAUCCGGGUCAGUCUCCUCUCAGAGCAGAAGUAUGGUGCACUGGUCAAUAACUUUGCUGCCUGGGAUCGUGUGAGUGCUGAGCUGGAGCAGCUGAGUGCCAGGGACUUCGUGAAUGAAGCUAUCUUCCAUGGGGAACCAGAACCUGAGAAUGGCCAAACUGCACCUCCACCCCCUGCCUCCUGGGCCUGCAGUCCAAACCUUCGAUGCUUCACUUUCGCCAGAGGGGAUGUCAGCCGUUUCCCUCCUGCCAGGCUUGGCAGCCUGGGUGUCAUGGAUUACUACCUGAUGGAUGCUGCCUCCCUGCUGCCUGUCCUGGCCCUCGGCCUGCAGCCUGGUGACACUGUGCUUGACCUGUGUGCCGCCCCUGGGGGAAAGACACUAGCAUUGCUUCAGACUGGCUGUUGCCGCAAUCUCGCUGCCAAUGAUCUCUCCACUUCACGAGCAGGCAGACUACAGAAGGUCCUUCACAGCUAUGUGCCUCAAGAUGUCAGGGAUAGGAAUCGAGUUCGAGUCACAUCAUGGGAUGGCAGGAAGUGGGGAGAACUGGAGGGGGACAUCUAUGACCGGGUGCUGGUGGAUGUGCCCUGUACGACAGACCGCCACUCCCUUCGUGAGGAGGAGAACAACGUCUUUCAGCGUUCAAGGAAGAAGGAGCGGCAGAUGUUGCCUGUGUUGCAGGUGCAGCUUCUUGCGGCUGGACUCCUUGCUACCAAACCAGGAGGCCACGUUGUCUAUUCCACCUGCUCACUCUCACACUUACAGAAUGAGUAUGUGGUGCAAGGCACCAUCGAGCUCCUGGCCAAUCAAUAUGGCAUCAAGGUUCAUGUGGAAGACCUGACUCACUUCCGAAAGCUUUUCAUGGACACAUUUUCUUUCUUCCCAUCCUGCCAGGUUGGGGAGCUGGUAAUCCCAAACCUCAUGGCCAAUUUUGGGCCUAUGUACUUUUGCAAAAUGUGUAGAAUGACGUAGCAUCACCCUGUUCCUGAAGUCCUGUUGUAGGAAGACAAAGCGUGUACUCUUGUGAAGACCAGUGGCAGAGGUGCACUCUGGCCUGUCUCCAUCCCAUUCAAGUCUUUCUAUAGACAGUUUUCAGCAGUAGGAAGUAAGAGUUUUUCUGUCCUGCUGUCCAAUUGUGGAGCAUCAGCACGUUUCUAACUCACUUAUUACACUCCACUUCCAACCCCUACUCCCCAACUCUGAGCCUGUGCUAAAGGUUCCUGCCCCAUUAGGGGCUUAGGAGGAGGAACCUGUGAGCAGGGCCACUCUUUAAGCUGUAAACUUGGGAAGAAGCAUUUAGCCAAUAAAAUUGUUGAAGCUC